UCUCUGGCUGUGGCACAAACCGAAAAAGACACCGUAGAUAAAUUUUUUCGUCGUUCGCAGCUCUGGCUCACGGGGAGAGAUUCGAUUAGUCACUCGGGCCCGUUCAUGUCGAAAAGUUUUACGCUUCAGCUUCUGCCGUCGUGUCGAUUGAUGGUGGGUUUUCUAUUUAUGUGAUUUUUCGUCUGUUUUAGAGGUUUUAGAUUAAGCAAAUUCGUCGUACGAGUGGCUCGAAAGUGAAAAAUGCGAAACCUCUAGUGAUUGCUGCAGUUUAGUGCUGCUGAUAAUUACCUGCAAAAAUGGACUGAAGAUUGUAAUCUGCGAGUAGUGAAAGAAGAAAAAAAAAUCGGUGUUUGCUGGCGGAGUUGCGCGAGUGUGAGGCAUUAUUAAAUCAAACGGGAAUUGAGUGAUUGGUUUAUUGGCCUCUGUGGCAUAGGCACCAACUGCAGCGAAAAUAAUAUUUAUCCGCCCAUCACAGCUGCGGGCAGAUAGGCAGGUUUUUCUGGGAUAGAUCGAAGCAGCAGGAGGGCGGACGAGUGCUGCUAGCUGCACCGUAGAGUGAAACCUGACGCGAUUCGCUCUGGCGAUUGAAGAGGCCACAGUUAUUAAUUUAAGGAAUAAGUGCUGACGUCGGGUAGUGGAGAAAAAGAGUACGAAAAGGAUAAGAUCCGUCCGACUGUAGGAUGUGGAGUCCAACACAUAUUCAAGUUACGGUUCAACGCGCCAAAGGUCUGCUGAUCAAGGGUAAACAUGGCACCAACAAUUGUUUCGUCAUCAUCGCCCUUGGCAAAGAGAAGUACCAGACCUCGGUCAAGGAGAAGGCUCCGGACGCGGUAGAAUGGCACGAGGAGUGUGAGCUACAAAUCCCCACGCAGGGAAAUCGAGCGGAACUGGUACUGACCGCACUGCAUCACAACACCCUGGGAAUGGACGAGUUUCUCGGCCAGGUUGUGCUGCCCCUGAACGAAAUGGACGUUUACGAGCGGCCCCGCUCGCGGUGGUUCAAGCUCCAGAGUAAACCCGGCAAAGAAAAAAAGAAAGAACGUGGCGAGCUGGAAGUUCGGAUAGCGUUCACCGUGAAAGCGGGCUCGUUGACAGACCUCAGCAAGAAGGAAAAGAACAAAAGCUCGAUUAGUAAUCUGGCGUCCAACGUGGGCGGCUCACUGCUCAGCAUCGGAGCGAUCGAAAAGCGUAAAGGUUUGAAGAAAUUUGCCAAAUCGCUCGGUUCAAAAGUUCACAUCAGUGGUAUCGGUAAGAAAAAGCACAAGGAGGUGGAAGGCGCUACGGACGAUGCAUCUUUUACCGGAAGCUACUCCAGCAUCGGGACACCCAGUGGGCUCCAGUCGAGACAAUCGCGGCAAACGUUCGGCGAUGCCGAUCCGGGUGUAAUCAGCGAGGAUGAGGACGAGUUUGUCUUCGACAAUCUUUCCCACAAGAGCUCGGGCAGUUCGUUGAACAUGCGCGCACAUGGCGCUGCUGCGGCUCAUGGCAUACCCAUAAAGUCUAACACGCAAUCAAGCUCCUCCUCAACGCCGGACGAAAUGAGAAAGCAAAAAGCGAUGACUCUUCCACCGUCGAAACCACCGCGGCUGCUUUCCGAGCAUGAAAGCGAAACUAAAGUCGAUGAAUGGGAGCAGAAACUGUACGGCAAGCACCUCGAUAUAGGCAGUACGGAUUCCCUCAAGCGAAGGUCCUGGGAAAACUCCCGAGUCAUGCUGGCGGUUCAACAGGAAGAGGAAGAAGAUCGGGCACACAGGAAUGCUCCGAAGGAAUCCGCCGUUCCGGCACCGGUUUCGGUUACGGCACCUACCUCACCUCUGCUGGCCGACAAAAGUCACACGGAGGACAACAGCACGGCAACGAACGAUAAGCCCCGGCCACUCCCUCGCGCUGGUUCGCAGGACAUUGGAAAGGUCAACGAAAAACUUGUUCUCGACAGUCCAACAAUCACCAGCAACAGUGUGAGCAACAGUCGCAAAUCGAUCAAUCAUCCUUCGCCGAAACAGGAAAAGGACAGCAAUUCGUUCACCCGAAAGUUGAAGCAUUUUAUCAAGGACCAUCGAGCGGAAUCGAUGGAAAACCUAUCCAGCGCUGGAGGUAAGAAGCAGCUAAAUGGAACCAAACAGCAAACCUUCAAGCAGAACCAACAGCACGAACGGAUUAUCAUCGGUGGAGAAAAUGGCAACAUCGGUCCGGGUGAUAUGCUACCGAUGAUGGCCGCCCGACAGAGCAAACUGGUGACCGAGGUUUCGCCCGAGCUUGUGGCCAAGUACGAAGGUAAAACUCGCGAGGAUAUGAUGAAGAUUGCGCACAAUCUCGAGAACGAGGUCCACUACCAGAAGCAGAAGGUGAAGGAACUCGAGGACUACCUGGACAGCUUGUUGCUGAAGGUGAUGGAGUGUCACCCGAAAAUUCUGCAGAAUCCCUACCAGAAGGCACAUCCUACCAAGAGUGGAUGAUGAUUUGCCCUUCUUCCUUACAGUGGCAUUGGUAGGCAGCUGAUGGAUUGCGUCUAUCUCUAGCGCAAUAAAAAAACUCCGAGUACUAAUAAGCAUUCAUGAAAACAAGUAACCAUCAUCCAAACCAUCAUUGAAAAACCACACUGACCCACUACUAACAACAGAACUGAUCCAGAGCCUUAGGCGUGCCGGGUGAGCCACCAACCAAUCAAACUGAAUCAGGGUAAGUAGAAGGACUCGACUGCCUUCUAUUCCUUGUUUGUCUGCCCAAACCAAGUAAAGGAAAAAAAGACAAUACAAUUCGAACGCUUUUGUGAUCUAGAGUUUUGUUGGUGCCUUCGGAUAACCAACCGAUGACUAAAAAAACUGCUGUUGGUGCAUUUUUGUUUUUUAUUUUAUAUCUUAUAUUUUUGACCGUAGUGAAAUUUACCUUUUGUAAUUUUAAAGCCCUAAAACUAACCUUUCUGCUGUGGUGUUUAACAACCGUUUAACCGCAGUGCACUUCGUACUUGAGCCAUGAGGCAUAAUCUCCGUAAAAGGGGCACUAAUAUAUACAUACACACACACAUACACAAACAUACAUCAAAACCUACAUACAGUUUGUACCUUGAGAGUGUCUAUGAAGAAAAUAUGUUAUUUUUAACCAAACUGUCCGUUGAACAACGUGAAGCACGUGUAUGCCUUAGGUAGAGUAAUAGAAGAAAAAACAAUCACGAAUGUCGUGUUGUGUCUGCAUUAGGGAAGACCAAUGAUAUUGUUCUUUUUGAUGAUCAAGUUUUUCUGUUUGUCUCUCCGUCUCUGUGUGGAGGAUAAAUAAACGUAUAUUUUACACUACGUAGGAGAAAAGUC